UGCACCGAUCAGCGUUGACGCUUACAUGGCGCUGACAGGACUUAGCAGUGCUGACAUAGAGAACUGCCGGACGGCGGCCAGGAAUGGUACUAUCCACUUCCCUACAGGAAAAGUUGGCUUUGAUGCAGACUUCCCGCCAUUGUCCAAAUUGGAGAAAGGGAAAUGUCCCAAGAAGCCACUGCUGCACCAGAAGGGUAUUCCCAGGUUCCCGACAGACCUGCUGGAGCUCAAGAAGUUGUGGAAUGUCGGGAGACUAUUCCUCAAAUGUGCAUGCACAGGUUGCGAAGUUAACUUCACAUGGUUAGACCACAUGCUCUGGUACGUCAUUGACAACCUUGACAAGCUGGACCCGCAGGCUCCCUCCGACAAGAUCAAAAUGGUCGAUUUCCAAGCCCUGCUUCGCACAUCCUGGAGAAAGCCAAUCCUGGCGCAGGUCACGUUCCUCUUCAUGAGGGAGUAUAUGAUGAAGAUUGUGCACCUCAGCACGCAAACAUUACUGUAGCGCUCCUCCCCAAUGCAGAAGGGCCCUCGUCUACAGACUAUGGAGGAUGGAAGGCUUGGUUGGAAAACUCGCAGACAGGAUAACAAAAUCAUAAUACCCCG